AUGGCAGACGCCGCACCAGCAAAAUCCCCCGCCAAGAAGAAGGUUUCCAAACCCAAGACGGUCCCCGCCCAUCCCAAGUACAUCGAGAUGAUCAGCGCUGCUGUGGCUGCCCUGAAGGAGCGCGGAGGUUCCUCGAGACAAGCUAUUCUCAAGUACAUCAUGGGCAACUACAAAGUCGGUAAUGACGCCUCUAGUGUCAACACCCAUCUGAAGAUGGCCCUCAAGAACGGAGUCAAGAAGGGAGUUCUCAAACAGGCCAAGGGUACAGGUGCCAGUGGUUCCUUCAAGCUGGGAGAGAAGCCCAAGACGGAGAAGAAACCCAAGACCAAAAAAGUCACCAAACCUAAGGCUGCCAAGCCCAAGAAAACGACCAAACCCAAGAAGACAACCGGGGAGAAAAAGCCAACAGAAAAGAAAAAGGCUGUUAAGAAACCUGCAGCACCCAAGAAGGCCAAGUCUCCCAAGAAGAAAGCAGCUACUAAGUCUCCCAAGAAAGCCAAGGCAGCUCCAAAGCCUACGAAAACCAAAGCGCCCAAGAAAGCCACAGCCAAGAAGUCAAAAACCCCAAAGAAAGCCACCAAGGCGUAG